CAACUGCGGAAGUAUAUUAAUUAUUGCCUUGUUGUUUGCUCCAUCCUACAGUAGGAUGUUCCUCCCUUUUUGCACCUUUUUCUGGAUCCUGACGGGGGUUUCGGCCACAUUUCACCCCCUCAGUGACGAAUUCAUCGCUCAAAUCAACGAAAAUCAGACGCACUGGACAGCCGGGAGGAAUUUUAAGAUCUCGGAGUGGGCGAGGGUGAUCCAGAUGGCCUCAGGUGUUCGGUUCCACCAUAGGCUUCCACGUCCCAGUUUGUUAAGAACCAAUAAAGAAAUACCGGAACACUUCGAUUCGAGAGAAAAAUGGCCCCAUUGCGCAUCUCUGUUUCGCAUAUGGGACCAAUCGCAUUGCGGUUCUUGUUGGGCCGUGAGUGCGGCAGCAACAAUGUCCGACCGCAUCUGCAUCCAUUCGAGUCAAAACCUGCAAAUUUCCGUCUCUGCAGAGGAUUUACUGUCCUGCUGCCACCAAUGCGGUACCGGCUGCCUUGGAGGGGAAAUCCCGAGGGCGUGGCACUAUUGGCGAACCACCGGAAUCGUCACCGGGGGGCUGUACAACUCUACCGCGCAGGGCUGCAGGGCCUACAGCCUCCCUCCGUGCGAGCACCACGUGCCCAUACAGCGGCGCCCUCACUGUGACACCCUGAAGUUGGAAACUCCCUCUUGUAAGUUGGAAUGUGACGACUCCCAAUUGAAUUAUGAGGAUUCCUUAACGUUUGGUGGUGAGGUGAGGCAUUUUGUCCAACCGGAGGAGAUCCAGCGGGAGAUCAUGGAGAACGGACCGGUGGAGGGGGCUAUCGAGGUCUACGAGGAUUUUUUCAGUUACAAGAGUGGAGUCUACAAGAGGACUAGUAGUGGGACCUACAUCGGAGGCCACGCGGUGAAGAUAUUGGGGUGGGGGGUGGAGAACGGGGUGCCCUAUUGGUUGUGCGCAAACUCCUGGAACAAGGACUGGGGAGAUGGCGGGUAUUUUAAAAUUGUACGCGGCGAAAACCACUGCGCAGUCGAGGAGGAGGUUUAUGCGUCGGUGCCGGAGUUUGCGCAGGAAAAUCGGGAUGAUUUACGAUGGAUUUGAGGUCGUUUUAUACCUUUUAACCCAAAUAAUCAAUGAGUUAUUUUAGUUAUAGUCUUUUAGUUUAAGUUUAAAGCCAUUUAUUCACUUAAAUAGUUUUUUAAUUUAAAUUACUAUUUAUAGCAUAAGUACUACUUGACUUGGAGCACACGUCAGUUUUUAAAUCAAGUCUCUAUCUUCAAUAGCAAAAAAGUUAUGAAAAAUUUUGAAAAUCCUGCAAAGUGUGACUAUAUUAAAAAUCACAAAAGGCAAUUUAUCUCAGAAAUCAUUGAUUUCUCAGAUUUUUAUGUAGAUACAGGAUAAGUCCUAUUUAACUUGGAGCACAUGCCAGUCUUUGAAUCAACUCUCUAUCUUAAAUAGUAACAAAGUUAUGAAAAAUUUUGAAAAUCUUGCAAAGUGUGAAAAAGUAAAAAUCACAAAUUGCAGUUUAUCUCAGAAACCAAUGAUUUCUCAGAUUUUUGUGUAGUUACAGGAUAAGUC